GAUUUGCCGUUAAUUGCUCACGCGCAAAUUUUCAGUUGUUUUUCUACACGCGGAACGCGCUCUACGAGAUCUGACUGAACUGCAGGGGGGAAAUCCUGUCAGGAAACUCCUUCAAGGGCGGGUUGUUUUCGCUAGAGUAGUACAAUGGGGUGCGGCGCAUCAAAAACAACUGCCACAGUAAAAGGCGUGAAAGUCAAGACAGUCAAGGAAUCUCCAGCCUUCCAUGAAAAAACAAUGUUCUUAUUGAUAUCGUGCCUAAUGAAAGAGAAAAAAAUCUAAACUGAAUUAAAGACACUAUAUUUUUAUCCAGUAAGAAAUUGGUUGUCUCUGACAACUUCCCCGACUUUUCCACGCACAACAACUGGAUGGCUAAAUGCAUGACAAAAGAUGUCUAUCAGAGGUUAUCAAAUUUGCAAACGCCAUCAGGCUACACGCUUGACAUGGCCAUCCAGACAGGGGUGGACAAUCCCGGACAUCCAUUCAUUAUGACCGUCGGCUGCGUAGCUGGAGACGAGGAAUCGUACGACGUCUUCGCCGACAUGUUCGAUCCCGUCAUUGAGAAGCGGCAUGACGGUUACAGGAAGACCGACAUGCAUAAGACGGAUCUAAAUCCGGACCAUCUGAUUGGUGGGGACGACUUGGAUGAGAAGUACGUCCUGUCAUGCCGUGUGAGGACUGGGCGCAGCAUCCGGGGACUUGGUUUGCCGCCGCACUGUACCCGCGCGGAACGUCGGGAAGUGGAGAAAGUUUCAGUUGAAGCGCUUGAUUCAUUGGACGGCGAGUUCAAAGGAAAGUACUAUCCCCUGUCUAACAUGACCGCGGCCGAGCAAGACCAGCUUAUCGACGACCACUUUCUUUUCGACAAACCCGUGUCGCCGCUACUGCUGGCGUCCCGCAUGGCUCGAGACUGGCCCGACGCCCGAGGGAUCUGGCAUAAUGAUAACAAGACGUUCCUAGUGUGGGUGAACGAGGAAGACCACACCCGCGUGAUCUCCAUGCAAAAAGGCGGCAACAUGAAGGAGGUCUUCACCCGAUUUUGCAACGGACUCAACAAGGUGGAGAAGGCUAUCAAAUCAAAAGGUCGAGAGUUCAUGUGGAACAAGCAUCUGGGGUACGUCCUGACCUGUCCAUCUAACCUCGGGACGGGCCUGCGCGGAGGGGUGCACGUCAAACUUCCCCUUCUCAGCAAGGAGCCGCGUUUUGAUUCCAUCCUUAGGACUCUUCGCCUCCAGAAGCGCGGUACUGGGGGCGUGGACACCGCCUCUACUGACGGCACCUUUGAUAUCUCCAACCUGGACAGGCUGGGCACCUCUGAAGUCGAACAAGUACAAAAGGUUAUAGACGGUGUCAAGGCUCUGAUUGAGAUCGAGAAAGCCCUUGAGGCCGGCAAGCCCAUUGAUGGAAUUAUUCCCCGAAAACCCCAAAAGAUGCUGGCGUCCAACUUCCCCGACCUCACCAAGCACAACAACUGGAUGGCAAAAUGCCUGACCCCAGCCGUCUACAAUAUGCUGAGCGUCCUAAAGACUCCAACCGGCUACACGCUGGACAUGGCCAUCCAGACAGGGGUGGACAAUCCAGGACAUCCGUUUAUCAUGACCGUCGGCUGCGUAGCUGGAGACGAGGAAUCUUACGACGUCUUCGCCGACAUGUUCGACCCCGUCAUAGAGAAACGACAUAAUGGCUAUAAGAAGACAGCAAAACACAAGACGGACUUGAAUCCGAGUAACCUUAUUGGCGGAGAUGACCUGGAUGAGAAGUACGUCCUGUCGUGUCGAGUGAGGACUGGGCGCAGCAUCCGGGGACUUUGUCUCCCCCCUUGGUGCAGUCGCGCUGAACGCCGGGAAGUCGAGAAGAUCGUAACGUCAGCCCUUGCAGAGCUAGACGGACCCUUAGCUGGGAAAUACUAUUCUCUCAUGACUAUGACCGAGGCCGAGCAAGACCAGCUUAUCGACGACCAUUUCCUGUUCGACAAACCUGUCUCGCCACUUCUGCUGGCGUCCCGCAUGGCUCGGGACUGGCCCGACGCCCGCGGGAUCUGGCAUAAUGAUAACAAGACGUUCCUAGUGUGGGUGAACGAGGAAGACCACACCCGCGUGAUCUCCAUGCAGAAAGGCGGCAACAUGAAGGAGGUGUUCGCCCGAUUCUGCAACGGGUUGAACAAGGUGGAAUCUCUAAUAAAAAGCAAGGGAUAUGAGUUUAUGUGGAAUGAGCAUCUUGGCUAUGUUCUGACCUGCCCUUCCAACCUUGGGACGGGCCUGCGCGGAGGGGUACACGUCAAACUUCCACUGCUCAGCGCUCGAGACGACUUUGACUCGCUACUCAAAGCUCUCAGGCUCCAGAAAAGAGGGACCGGUGGCGUAGAUACAGCUUCGACAGACGGGACAUUCGACAUCUCUAACGCGGACCGCCUAGGGACAUCCGAGGUGGAGCAAGUGCAGACGGUAGUGGACGGCGUUAAGCUGAUGGUCGAGCUAGAAAAAGCCCUGGAGAUCAACGUCAACGUCAAGAGCUUUAUUCACUCGGUCGUCGCUGGGAAGAAAGCUCGCAUGAUCGUCGAAUCGGUCUCAAAGGCGCGUGAAGCCGAGGAGAAGAAGCAAUCAAAAAAGAAGCAGAAAGGCAAAAAGCCAGCUCUACUCUGCGACGGGUUCCCGGACCUGAGCAAGCACAACAACUACAUGGCGAAGUUCCUGACACGCGACGUGUACAACAAACUGUGCAAUCUGAAGACACCCUCUGGAUUCACCCUCGACGGGGUGAUCCAGACGGGCGUGGACAACCCCGGACACCCCUUCAUCUUCACCGUGGGGUGUGUGGCGGGGGAUGAAGAGACCUACAAAGUAUUUGCUGCACUACUGGACCCCGUCAUCGAGGCGAGGCAUAACGGCUACCUUAAAGGCGCCAAGCACGUGACCGACCUAAACCCUGACAACCUGGUCGGCGGAGAUGACCUUGACGCCAAUUUCGUCCUGUCAUGCCGUGUAAGGACUGGGCGCAGCAUCCGGGGACUUGGUUUGCCGCCGCACUGUACCCGCGCGGAACGCCGGGAAGUUGAGAAGAUUACGGUGGAUGCGCUGGCGACCCUUGAUGGGCCACUUAAAGGAAAAUACUAUCCGCUGUCCAAAAUGACCGACGCAGAGCAAGAGCAGCUGAUCAACGACCACUUCCUGUUCGACAAGCCCGUCUCACCCCUCCUCCUGUCAGCAAGAAUGGCGCGGGAUUGGCCCGACGCCCGCGGGAUCUGGCACAACGAUGCCAAGAACUUCCUAGUGUGGGUGAAUGAGGAGGAUCACACCCGGGUCAUCUCCAUGCAGCAGGGAGGCAACAUGAGGGAAGUCUUCCAUCGUUUCUGCAAUGGACUUAAGAAGAUCGAGGACGCCAUGAAGGCCAAGGGGAAGGAGUUCAUGUGGGAUGAGCAUCUUGGGUACGUCCUGACCUGCCCAUCCAACCUCGGGACGGGUUUGCGCGGAGGGGUACACGUCAAGCUCCCUAUGGUGUCAAAAGACGCGCGGUUUGAUGGCAUUUUAGAAAAGCUACGCCUCCAGAAGCGCGGUACUGGGGGUGUGGACACAGCCUCUACUGACGGCACCUUUGAUAUCUCGAACUUGGACAGGAUUGGCUUUUCCGAGGUACAGUUGGUGCAGAAAGUGAUUGACGGGGUCAAAAUACUGGUUGAGAUGGAGAAGAAACUUAUGGCUGGACAAUCUAUUGACGAGCUCAUGCCUUGAUAAACUGAAUGUGACGAUCAAUUAUUCUUUUUUCAUUGUACAGAAAUCGAGUGUUGUUUUCUAUCAGAAAACAUAGUCUCAAUACACACAGAAAUUGCAGUAUGAAUCAUGCCUUUUCAUGAAAACAUCUCAUAAUACAAAUCCUUAUUAUAUCAAACUCAUGCAUUAAUGCUUUUUUAUACUCUUCACGCGAUGUACGGAUAGGAUGGAGUAUCUAAGUGCAAUCUUGAUUUUGUAUCAAAAGGUUAUAACAGUAUUACAGGAUACCGUAAGAUAUCUUAACAUUAAUUUGUGUAAGAUAUGGCGGAUAUAAUACCAAGACAGGAAUAAUCUGAUAGUUGGCUGGAAUAAAAAUAAAACAAUAUACUUCUUGUA